GAUUACCACAACGUUUAUCAAGGUAAACUAACAAUAAAUAAAAUAGAUAGGAUAAUUAAUUGACUUACAUGGCAUUAGGAUUAAAACUGGAGUUAGAAUUAAUGUUAAAAUUAUUCUAUAUUCUAUUUUUAUCUUCUUUAUUUUAUUCACUUUGGUACACGUUGGCUGGUUGGGAAACCAACAACUAUGGCCAAUUAUUAUACAUUGUAAUCACUACGUGUCUUCUGAUUGGCCUAAUCACGCAACCUUCCUGAUCAAGUUAAAUCCUCCACCUCCACUGCCAUACUCAAAUAUAAACUGAAGAACUACUACCACGACAAACUUUAAACAUUAUUCAACGUUGAUCGUUCGCAGAGGACAUGAACGACCAUUUGUUCUAAAUGUCGCUCUUGUUAUAUUAGUUGUUGUUCAAAAGAGUUGAGAACGUUCGAAGCUGUCUUUGCAUUUCCAAAAUGUUUUUUGUUUCAGUCUGUUUGAAUGAAUUAAAUUAAAGCCCAGAUGAGGGCAAUAUUUGGGCGGUCUGUGUUCUUGAAAUCCUAUCUUUGGAAAAUGCAGGAACAGCUUGGAACACAUGCAUGUUUAGGAUGUUUGCUGUAUUCUGUGUCCGUGCUAUACAAUGUUGAUACAUUUAUAUGUAUAAAACGUUUUUGUAACUUGGUCAUUUCCCAAACGUCUUUGCAAGGAUUAGGAAUAGUUUUUCAUCUUAAUUUCAUGGCCAAUUCACCUCACAACUGGUCUUGUAUAAGGCCCGCUUAAACCCGAACUACUUCGCACAGAUUUUGUUACAUUUUCCAAAUCAUGUCGGGUACAAAUUUGUGCGAUGAGCAUAUGCGCACAUGCUCAUAACUGCUCUUGAGAAUAUGUCAUCUGCUCACAAGGCCCGUUUAGACCCGAUGGCCCGAUGACUGCGUGUACAUUUUUCGUUCGUGAAAGCCACCGCAAAAAUUGAUUAGUUUAUGUACACAAAUGUAUACAUUUUCGUAUCCCAUAUUUUUGCCAUUUUGAUUUGUACCCAGUCGACCCAUGUAAAAAUGACAAGAAAAGACAGAUAUUGAAAAGCAAUUUAUUUAAUGACUCGACGUUACAUGCUGCAGUGUCCAUACUGGUAUGUUUUAACAUGCUAAUAAUGUUCAAAUACAUGACUUUAAUCCCAUAUUCGAACUAUCAAACGAGUCUAAUCAUCAUCAUUCUCUUCAUCAAAAUCGUAACCCUUUAAAACCUUCUUAUAAGAGACUUUCUCUUAUCAACACUGCUUCUAACGCUUCUUCUGGAUCAAAAUAAUUGUUUUCCACAAGGGCGUCUUUUGUGUGCAUUAUUUUCGUAUGUAUUGGAUCUUUCUUUAGCUGUUUCAUCCACCCAAGACACUCCACAUAAAUAUUUUCCAGUUCCUUCUGGAGUUUAGGCAGAAUAUUAGGGUAGUAAGCUUUGUCCUUAGUGGAUUGUUCAUCUAGACCACUAUUUAUAAGCCUUUCUUUUAUUUCUUCAAAAGCUAUAUUACUUCUUUGCUUUAUUCCCCUUUCAGUUUCUGACUCGUUAUCAGUCGAUCUGUCAGACCCAUGAGUUGAAGUUGUUGAGACAUCGUCUUAGAAAUCCCUUUACUGGCUAUCCGAGUCUGUUUGAGACAUGUUUCUUUCUUAUAGGAGUAUUUCUUUUCGUGUCUAUAUAGAUUUUAACCGUAAAAUGGCAGCGCAUUCCAUUAGAAACUUGGCACUGACUGUGUAGAAAUGCCACGUUAUUGAGAUACUUUGACGAACUAUUUUUUCGUCCUUGAUCUCACCCAAUUUAGUUUUAUUAAGGACCAAUAAGGUAGAGGCCCAAUUUGUCCUUGCCAGCAUGACGACGUUUUUGAAUUGUACCGAUUGGUAAUUGCUUUGUUUAAUUAAGUGGCAUUGGGUAUCAUAUUGUUGACUGUGAGCCAUUUCUCUAUAAUAUCUAUUGCAUUUUGUAAUGUGUUUUUUUUCAAUUUUUAGACAUAUUUUGUCAUUCGAUCAAAUUGUUGUAUCGUCUGCAUCAAUAUCUAGGUUCGCUUCACUGAGUGAAAAUGGGAGAUCAUUUAUGUAGAUAAAAAAAGAACUGGACACAUUAUAGAUCCUUGCGGAGCACCUCGUUCUAAUAUCAGAGCUUUGAGAGUGAUCCUAACAUAGAACACUGCUGUGAACGACCACUUAAAUAAGAUUUUAACCAUUGCAAGGAGUGAUAUGAUAUUUAGCAAGUUUAUUUUGGAGUAAUAUGAUAUUUAGCAAGUUUAUUUAGAAGGACAACGUGACUAACUAAACCAUAAGCCUUACUGAGACCAAUGAAGAUAACCCCAAUAAAUUCGUUUCUGUCCAUUGCUUUGAGUCACUUGUCCGUUAUACUAAGGAGAGCAGUUUCACAUGAAUGAUUUACUCUAUACGCUUUUCACAUGAAUAAUUUACUCAUGAACGCACACGACUCAUUUUCUAUUUACUCGUUGGGGUACCUGUGCCAAGGAGAGUAUAGGUUUCGGCAUGCAUUUUUCUUGGAUCGUCAAUAGCCACAAAAUAGAAUAUUAAUGAGCUACCAAUUUUUACCCAAAUUAUUCAAAAGGCUCCUGCCAAUUUUUACUCAAAUUAUCCAUAAAUAACCCUAAGCUUUGAGAAAAAUUCAAUAAUUUUACUAAAAAAGCCAAAGCAGGCAGCUGCUGUUUAUUUUAACCAGUGUGAAUAUGUUUACGUAUUUGUUUACGUUCUUUUAAAACUGCUUUUUUAUUGCAUUGAAGAUUCAACGAUAAGAAUAAUAAAUUUGGAGAUGAAUUAAUGCCAAAUAAAUCCUGUUAAGUGGUUAAAAUGACAUCUUAUAGCCCGACGAAUACAAAGUCAAAACAGCGAUUCACAGGAACAAUUGUAUGAAAUACUAGAAAAUACAUGCAUGCAGAAACCCUCGCCUUGCUGACAAAACCAUUGCAUUUUCCGAACAUGAAGUAUCUAAAGUAGCUGUCAUGGUAACACGAUAAUUUUUUAAGAAUAUUCUUACAAAUGAAAAAUUGUAUAAAAUAUCACUUUAAUUACAAAAUUAUCAAUUUCCCAACAUUUAUAUGUUAGGUAUGUUAUUGUACGUAAUAUAAACUUCAAUUUAAGGUAAAAUUCAACCACAAACACUUCGCAAAACGUUUUAAAGUAUUCUUCUAAACUUCCUUUAAUUAAAUGGCUUUAUCGAUAAACUUUGAGUUUGCAAUAACUAAAUGAUUUCAAAUUCUCGCAUGCAAUUAACUUUGCUUUCUUUUUUAUUUAAAAAAUUCGAUAUAAUAAAAAAGGAAAUCGGUAUUAAAGAUACACUGAAAUUAUAUGCUGUCUUGUUUAGUUGUUUCAUAUACGCAAAGGCCGUCGGGUUUUAAAGCAAUUAUAAAAUCAAUAUUUAAAACAAACUUACUUUCGUUAACGUCGGCUCCCUUCUUUUAGCCGAUUCUUUCGCCCUUUCUUUCUGAGAAAGCUUUUGAAAUUUACAAAAUCUUGAAAUAUAUUUGCAAAAAUGAAAUAUAUUUGCAAGAAAUUUAUCAAUCAUCAAGUCAAGAAAUGUUUACUAUUUUGCAUUUUCGCUGUCGUCAUGCAGUCGUUAUAAUGCAAACUUUAAAUUGGACCAAUCAGUAUCCGCUAUUCAUGACAGUCCGCCAUAUUUUUGAGAUCAGUGAUGAUCAGGGAUGACCACCCACCGAAACAUCGUUGGUGAGCCACGCCCGCGAUUAUUGAUGAACUUUAGACUUCGCUAAUGCUUUCGUUUCCCCGGGUGUAAAUAGCUGGAGGGGAAUUAAUACCCUCGCACGGCGCUUCGCGCCGUCGGCUCGGGGUUAAACUCGAUAUAAGAAUGCUAAGUACUAACUUAGCAAUUAACUAUGCCGUUAUAAGAACAGAUUAAAGACCAGACACAGUACUAGUUAAUUCAGUCAAAAUUAAAUUUUCCCUGACUUACAAAUUAUUAACCCCCCCCCCCACACACACACAAAAUUAAAUUCGUUAAUAUUGAAAUCGGCGCCAUUUUCUAUCUUUUAUUAGUGGGAAUGUGGAGUGAAUGGAGUUCAUGCAGUCGUAGUUGUUGUCUUGGCGUACGAUGUCGGUCUUGUCUUCAGGAACCAUGCAAUGGACAUGCAACUGAGAUUUGCAAUACCAACGUUUGUUCAGGUAAGAAAUUGGAAAAAGCUAAAGUGUGUAUGUGUUUUGCCAUCCAGUGCACUCACAUAUAAAUUCAUUUUGGUUUUUUACCCAUGUACUGUCAGAGCAAUGGUAAGAAGGUUAUUUGGUGACCAAACUGGCAAAAACAAUGCGAAUAGCAGGCUUCAUUAUACUUACUUUUCCUAUUAAUGGUUAUGGUUGGGUUAGGAUUGGUUUUAGGAUAGUACUUAAUUUAAUUGUUAAUAUACUAAAUUUAUUAUUUUCAGAAAAAUGUACAGAACCAGCAGACUGCAGGAAGCGACAGGAGUUCCUUAGCAUGAGUGGUAAUGAUAAACAUAGAUUUAUCAAUGCUUUCAUCACAGUUUCCACUCACUCUGAAUGGAAACACCGCUUCAAAGCAUUGGCAAGAAUUCAUUUUGAAAACUUCCGGGGAAAGACAAUCCAUCACAGACACGAAUUCUUACCAUGGCAUAGAUGGUUUGUAUUACUAUAUUUACUAUUACUGUUCUGGUAUAGUACUCAUUCUCAUUGCUCAGAGAUACGAGCGCGCACAAUGCACAGGUGCGCAUGCAUAUUAACCAUUUCUCAAAGUCCUGGCUCUAGUCGCGCAAACCCCAUGUUCGAGGGACAAGAACUAUGGCCGAGAACACAUUUAAAUUAAAUGUUUAAUGUAAAAAGGAGAUAUUUCAAUUUUGGUCGUCUAUAAAGUCGAUUUUGAUAGUAGAUACUUCUUUUUUUUCCACAUAUUUGACGCCUGUCACUAUAUAUAAUUUGUCCCUCCAAACGACCCCAGAAUGCAUUCUGAUCUCUUUUUGGAAAAGGCUAAUUAGGUGCAAAGGGGUGUAAGAUGCGGUUAGCGUGCUGCUUCUUACCUCUGAGUUAAGUAUACCACUGUAGGUAGAGAAACAGGUUGGCAUUCCCGGCCUGACCUGUGAAAAUGUUCCCGACCCCACUUUUUUAUUUGUUUAUAAAUACAGUCUAGAAACCUUCCACUUCGACAAGUAACAGUAUGCAGAAUCCUCUGGCCUUGCUAGCAAACCCACUAAUUUUCCGAACAUGAUGUAUUUGGAGUGUUGCAAUGGCAACACGAUCAUAUUAUUUUUUAUAUUUUUCAAUAUAGAAAUAACUCCUCCAUCCGUGGCGAAGUGGUUAGCGCACUUGCCUUUCACCUCUAAGGCCGCAGGUUCGAAUCUCAGUGAGAGCUUCUCAAUGUGACUCGAACCCAGUCCUCAUGUGAAAAGAAUAAAAGUCAACGCUCUGCCGAAAGUCGUGGGUUUUCUCCGGGUACUCCGUGUUUCCUCCCACAGGGAAAGUUGACAGGGUGGGUUAGGCACAUAGGAUAGGUCUGGAGGCAGAUCAUUAAUGAGGUAUGGACUAAUAGCGGCUGCUCAAGCGCCAUUUGUAAGCUCAAAGUCUACCUCGGUCUGCUUCACGUCAGUCCGGUUUUAUCUAUCUAUUCAUAAUGUAACCAGUCACUGAAAAGCCCUGUUAGGGAGUGUGCUGUGAAAUAUCUGUACCUAUCUGUACCCUCCCCCCAAUAUCUCUUUCAAAUACUAAAUUAUCAAUUUGCCAAAUAUAUUUGUGACGUCACUGUUAUUAUAUGUAACAUAAGCUUCAAUUUAAAACGUUUACUGUGUACAUAAAACCAAACUGCAUGCCUUUUAAUCGAACUUUGAGUUUGAAAUAAAAUGAUUUCAAAUUCUAACACAAUAGUAACUUUGCUUCCCUAAUGAUUUAUAAUCUAAUAUAACAGAAAGGGUGAUGGACGACUUGCGCUUUAGACUAAAUUUUAAUCUAAGUAAGAACAACGAAAUCUAUCACCACUGCUAGAAAGAGCGUCUUGGAAUUAGUAAUAUUACGAAGUUUGGUUGCGAAAUGAUAUAAAAUACGGAAAAUAUAGCCCUUCAAAGUUGGCAAAUUUGUAUACUUUUGUAUUACGUGCGUGAAUUGGUAACUAAAUUAGUUACCAAUUUCCGCACGUAAUAGAAAUGUAUACAAAUUUGCCAACUUCGCAGGGCUAUAUUUUCCGUAUUUUACAACAUUUCGCAACCAAACUUUGCAGUUUUUCUAAUUUUGAUAACUUCUUUCCAGAAAUAUCCUUUGUUAUUCCCAGAUUAAAAAUUUUUCUAAAGCGCAAGUCGUCCAGUCUCUGUGUGGGUAUUUUUUUGUUUUUUUAUUAUAUUUCGCAUUAAAAAAUUACUUUAAAUUAUAAAGUAUUACUCACUUGAUUUCCUUUAUGCAGAGCCACCGAGAGAAUUCUCGGGGCCCGGAGCAAAUCUUCUCUGGGGGCCCAAUGACAUCAUUAUUUUGCUAGACCCAACUAUAGACAUUAUAGCUAGACUGCAUGUAGAGGUACUGUAAGAGGCCCUCAAUUUCAAAAAUGCUUUGACCAAUUUAAAGAACCUACUCAAUUUCAGGCUCUCGCUCUCAAGUUGGGGCCCUAUUAAGGUGGGGGCCCGGAGCAAUUUGCCUCCCCCCCCCACACACACACACACUGCCCCUCCUCUCGCCGGCCCUGCCUUUAUGUGUUCAGAAAAUCUAUGUGAUUUGGGUGUGGUUCUAGUUUGAUAUAGCCUGCUCGCAGUCCGAAGCAGGCUAGUUUGAUACAAUUAUAUAAUCAAAGGUCUCAAUGAGAUGACUCACGGAUCACAAAGAAACAAUAAACAAAGCAAAGCCAAUUAUUGUGUAAUAGGAAAAAGAGAGAGAAAAUGUCGACGUUCUUCUAUAUAUGCAGGUAGUUUAUCUUACGUUAAGUCUCAAUUCUGGUCGCAAUCGUCGAAUGAUAUCACAACUCCGAUUUGCAAGCAAUGUUUGCAUGAUAUACAUAACUGGGUAUACCAAAAUCUGAUUACAAAAAUAUAGCGAAUAGCAACAUUGUAAAAUCAAUAAUUUAAUAUAAAAUAGUCAAUAUAAAAUUGUUAAUUUAAAAUAGUCAAUAUCAAAAAUCGGCAGAAAUACAAUAGGUGUGAGACGUAGCUCAUCAGCACAUGCAUGUAUGAAGCCUUGGGCCCAUUUCAAUUACACACAAUAUAGACUUUGAGCUAAAUAUCUUUUGUCUUUAAAGUGCCUAUGACACGAAAUUUUACCCCAAAGUUUUAUGGUUGCGUUGUAAAGAUCACUUAAAAUGAUGACUUGAUCAUUUCUUUUAUAGAAUUUUGGUAACUUGCUCCCUUUUCAAGAUAUUCAACUUUGUUUCAUAUGCAAAUAUCACCGGUGUGACAUCACAUCACCAGGGGCGCCAGAGCCACAGGGGCAGCGGGGGGGCAACAGGUUGCCCUUUUUACCGGAACUGAACUUCGAAAUACGUGCUUUAUUCACAGGAAUAUGAAUUUAUAACUAUUUUUAAACGUUCAAGCAAUCUUUGCUUAAUUUUUAACCAGUUGCAGUAAAAUUAAUACUAAAUCAAUAUACGUCCGCUUACUGAUUCUAUUUUGCACCAUUAGCGCGGUGCAACGAAUAAAAUUGUUCAAAAUUAAUGUCAAAGUUUGCCGACCCAUAAUAGCCACAAGUAAUUAAGUAUCCAUACAGUAACGUUUUCAAGGCCGGCGAGAGCCAACCACGAGCCCAGGACAAAAUGACGAAUUGGUGAACACGGGCCCCUGUCCCUCUCGACUCUCCCGCUGGCGCAUGGCCACGCCAAAGUCUAUUUUUAAUCGCAAUCAACGAGAGAAUCGCAAUGUGAAGGAUGUUCAGCUAACUGUUUUUGCUGAGAAAACGAUCGAAAAAUCGUUUAUUUCUCAUUUGGUACGUUUUAUGAUAGAGCACAACGAUCUGCGGAUAGUGUGCAAGUAGGCGUAUUUCAUUUAGGACAAACAUAAGCGAUGAUAAACGCAAUACGAACAUUUUACCGAGAUUUCCGGGCCCCUCCGAGCACUCCGGGCCCCGGGUAUUUUGCCCCCCCCUUGCCACCCUUCUCGCCGACCUUGAAAGUUUUAACAAAUAUUGCUGCUCGGAAAAAUGAUGGCUGACAAGCAAGUGCUCUUUUUGAAUUGGCUGCCCCCGCCGCUUCGCAUUGCUUCCGGCGCCCCUGCACAUCACAUAAUGCGUUUUCAGAAAAAUAUAGUUUUCUUGACGAAUACGUAUCUUAAAAAAUCGGUGGAACAUGGUGAAAAUCAAGUUUUUCUUACUUCUACCUACAGAAAACCAUUGCGGACAAAAUGUUGAAAUUUUGAAAUUAUUUUUCUUCAAAUAUAACAUACAUCAUUGGAAAGCUUAGAAAAAUGCCAUAAAUUUGUAUUUUGUGCAAAUUUUGCGCUGUUUUUCCAACUUUGAGCUAGAAUAACGACAAACUGACCAGUAAAUUGAAUAUAACGGUUUAAUUGACCUUAAUAUAGUUUUGUUUAAGCUUUCCAAUAAUGUAGGUUACAUUUGCCUAAAAAUGAUUUCAAAAUUUGAACAUUCUGUCCACAAUGAUUUUCUAUAGGUAUAAGUAAGAAAAACUUGAUUUUCACCAUGUUCCACCGAAGGGAUUUUUUUUUAUUUUUAGUAUGUUAAUCAGAACACCUUUCCUCACAUUUUACCACUGAGAAAAAUUCUAUUGCAAUUUCUUUGACCUCUGGUCACACAUUGACUGGACUAAUACUUUUUGCAAAGACUUUAAUAAAAUUCACAUACUUUAUCGUAAUUUCUUCCUUUCACCGUGUGCAACUUAAUUAUUUCCUCCAUAUGAACUGCAAUUAAAUAUAAUGACCAUAUUUCAUUUCCACCCUUUCCCAUGCUGCUUUAUAAUCUUCCGACCCUGGCUUCAAGUUUGAAAGUCUACCUCUCACCUUCGGAUUCACGAACCUAACAGGUACCCAGAUUUCGCUCUCAUUCUCUCUUCCCACAUUUCUUUCCGUUGUUGGAUCUGCCUACACAGUUAAUUGCUGUUGCAUCUUUCUGAUCCUACUUUUUCCUCAGCCCUCAAGUUUUCAUGUCUCUGUCUGUUGUCUAGUGCCCUACACAACCUCUCACGUUUCUCGCAUAGUUUUGCAUACUCUGCCUUCAAAUCUCUCUUCCACUGUCUAAUAGAUCUUUGUGAUUAACAAGCUCAACUUUUAUUUCUUGUAAAUGCGACACCAGGUAGUUCAUAUUAUUUUGAAUAUGAUGCCUUCGCUUGCAUACUUGUUUAAUUUCAUUAAAAUGUGCACUUAUGUGAACGUUGUUAAAUGGAUAAAGACUUGUCCUGAUUUACAAAAAUUUCAGCCUUGAUUUUCUCGGCAUAGGCAAUGUUUAUUUUUAACAUUAUUUCACCAAUGAACUCAUGAGAUGCGUCGUUUCUUAAGCACGUGAAACAUUCGCAUCCGAUCUUUAUCUGAUAUACAAACUCUUGCCUUCGGCUGGAGUUUGUAUAUCAGAUUAAGAUCGGCUGCUCAUGUUUUAACUAGUACUUAGGCCUUUGUCAAUAAAAAAAAGUGUUACCUGCCCUCCCCCCUCCCUCCCAUAUUCAGGACGCUAACCAAGAUAUUUUUACGUGGCCUAUUCAAGAAAUAUUUUUAUAACUGUUGUUAAUGCCCUUGUGUUUAGCACACUUUAUUAUUGUUCGUCUGUGUGGUUUAAUACCUCCAACCGAGUAAAUUUAAAUUUUUUUUCGGGGGUGUGUGGGGGAUUAUGCUUGAAUACUCUGUUGUGUAGGAGCAGAAUUGAGUUACGUAUUUGUUUCCAGGUAUCUGCUUAUGCUUGAAAACUUACUAAGAUGCUAUGAUUGCGGCGUCACUCUACCAUAUUGGGACUGGAGCCUAGAGGCUGACACCUGGGAAAAGUCUGAGAUCUGGACUUGGAUUGGUGGGGAUGGAAACUGGUUUGAUAAUGAUUUCGUCACUACAGGUUAUAUUAUAUAAAAUAUAUUAAAAUUUCGCACAAACCUCUUAAUUAAAUCCUGUUAGGUAUAAUCAUAUUGUUUCGAGUGCAAUUCAUUACUUGGGCGACUAUGUCGACCAAGUCAUAAAUUCGCUCUGUUUUUUUUUCUCUGGUGUUGCGUUUUGUCCCCCAUGAUGCUUUGGGCAUGUUUUCCACUUUCCAUCCAUGACGUUUCCUAUGAUGCUUUGAGGCAUGUGUAGCAUGUGCUGUCUUUGAACAAAGGACAGGGUUAAUACAAAAAACAGUUAAUAAACUUUACAUUCAAAGCAAGAUCUUAGUUAAAGGUACGUUACAGGGUCUGUCAUAGACAUGUCCCCCCUCUCAGCUCUCUUACUGUCCCCUCCAGUCGGCAAUUUUGUCCUCCCCCCAGCCCUCUUUCUGUCCCCUCCAGUCGGCAAUUUUGUCCUCCCCCCCCCCAGUGAGGUCCCCAAGAACGUGACCGGACGUUUGGCCGACAGACACUAGACCGACAGACGUUUGACCGACAGAACCUUUCGCCGACAGACAUUUUAGCCGCAGGACAUUUGGCCGAUAAGACAUUUAGACGACAAGACAUUUGACCGACAAGACAUUAGGCCGACAGGACUAUUCACCAACAAGAUUUUUGAUUUCAAUUUAUUUUCUAAAAUAAUGCUCACGGGUAAUGAUGACUCAUUUGAUAACUCUUUGAUAAUAUUAAUCAGACUAUUAUAGUCAAAUUAAUGACUCGUCGGCAGGUAUUGUUCCACGGUUUCAUUGUCUCAAACCACUAUGAAAACAAAAGGUCACUCAUUUGUUGGUCAAAAGGACGACUCAUAGGUAUUGUUAUUUUGUUAUUGUGAUUCCCCUAUAUAUAGGAGGCAGAGGAUCACGGUUUCAUUGCCUCAUUUAUUCACAAACUAUGCAAACAAACUAUAAAAUUACCAAACGCUGAAUUUAAGACUCAAAGCGAUUGUGAGUGAUUAGGACUUAAACGCCGACAGCUUUUUAGACUAUAUACGUGCUAUUGCACAGAACUUGUAAAUAUGCGUGAAAGUUACAAUAUUGUGACCUUUAUUUAAAGGGUUUUUCAAGACGUUGUUUCAAACAAUUGAAAUGUCGGUGAAUUGUCCUGUCCGCCUAACGUCUUGUCAGCCAAAUGUCCUGUCGGCAAAAUGUCUUGUCGGCAAAAUAUCCUGUUGGCUAAAUGUCUGUCGGUGAAAAGUCCUGUCGGUGAAACGUAUGUCGGUAUGGUAUGGUAUGGUAUGGUAUGGUAUGGUAUGGUAUGGUAUGGUAUGGUAUGGUAUGGUGUGGUACGGUACGGUACGGUACGGUAUGGUAUGGUAUGCUAUGCUAUGCUAUGCUAUGCUACGCUAUGUACAGUAAUAUAUGAACAACAUCAUUAUUAAUUUAUUUUCUGAACGUUUCACAUCAAGUGUUUGCCAACCGAGAGCAUCCAAAAUAUCAGUAGACCUAACAUCAUAACUGGCUCCAGUAAUCACUCUAGAUGCACGGGAUUGAAAUUUUUGUAGUUUACCUUGAAGUGUUUUCCCACAGGCAUCCCACGGAGGGGAACAAUGAUCAAAGUAGGGUUGAACUAAUGCUUUGUAAAUUGUUUGCAGAGUUGCAGGUGGGACAUAGGGCUUCAUACGUUUCAUAGCCUCAAUUCCAGCACUGACUUUACAACAUAUCGAAUCGAUGUAUCUAUCCCAAGUUAAUUUUUUGUCAAUGUCCAUCCCUAAACAUGUAUCUUUGCUGGUUCGAAGGACUGGGGUAUUAUUUAUCAACAUUGGCGAAUUUCCAAUUUUAUUGAUAAGGUUAUAAGAUGACGCAAUAAACAUGACUUUUGUUUUGGUGGAUGAUGUUGAAGCUUAUUUUUUAAAAGCCCCAAAAUCAUAUGAGGAAGACGAAAUUUGAGUAUCAUCUGCAUGGAGAUACGGAUUUGUUUUUUUCCAAGUGAUCUGGCAUGUCGUUUACAUAAAGUAAAAAUAACAAUGACCCGAGAAUUGAACCCUGGGGGACACCGCAUCUUAUUUUUUACCAAGCCAACUUGCUCUCUAUUCGUUAGGUAGGACUCAAACCAUUUCAGUUCAAUAUCAUGUGUUCCAAAUUGAUGUAUUCCAAAUGUCUGUCGGCCACGCACCGCGCACUACCUGCAGUAGGUGGUCAACCAGCAAUUAUGUAUCAAAGUGAGCAAAUGAUGUUAAGUUGUUAACAUUUCUGAAUUUGACCAUCAUCUGCAGGCCUGCGUAACUAGCUUUGAGUCAACCGAGUCAGCAACCUCGUUCCCAGGGCUUCAGUAUGAGGACGAGGCGAGACACGAGGAAGCCCUGGUCUGGGCCGGUCAAUUUUGCAUUCUGAUUGGCUAACACCAUAUUGUUCAAAAAUAACUGAACUUGACAGUUGACAAUAACAAUUCAACAUUUGUAUUUUUAUGAUUCUUGUGUGUACGAGUAUGUUUUGCAAAAUAAUCUUUCAAAGUAAGGCGUUUUCCCGACUGCAUGAUUUACUUUCGCUUCGGCCGGUUACAAAACUCAAAAGCCGUGUCGAAGUGAGCUGUGAUGUUUCCUGACAAAACAAGAAACGUGUACUAUUAUUUAAGCUGCAGUUUUCCUUGCACAGUGUUUAAAAUGUAGUGCAGAUGUCUGAUGAAAUAUUACGCGUAUUGCAUUGUAGUAAUAUUUUAAUUUACAAUAUUCUGUACUGACAAAUAAAAGCAAGACAAACAAUUAAAUGAAACUACUAAAUUAAUUUAGGCCCUGUGCGCCUAGGCCGAUGUAGUUUCUACAAGAUUCGCACGCCACCGAGUUUUACAGUUUCAGAAUACCCCGAAUACUUGAAAAUUGCGACUAUACGAUAAAAUAAAACAAAGGUUGUGAAGGGGAUAAAAUUUGUAGGCAAGCGCAAUUUGCUCCUGAACGGCAAGUGUUGGUGUCCGGCGAAACAAGCGAAUCCGUAUAUUCCUGUACAGUGUAAACAGGUUACGCGAGGUUUUAUAUUUGUGUUUAUUUAUAUUGAACUAAGUCAGAUCUAUAAGAGCAUAUUUAAACUAAAUAUUAAUUAUCACAAUAGCCAUAUUGUUCAAGACGAGAGAAAGGAAAUUUCGUGUGAAUCACCACUUGCAUGGAGACGCCUAGAUGGGGCUUUGAUGCACUUUGCCUGUAGUUGAAAAUCUCCAGAAAUAUCGGUAUAUCUUAGAAAACAAAGACGGGAUCUUCAUAGAUUUUAGCUGAUUCGUGCCAAACUUCGCUCUACACAUAAAUAAUAUCGAUUGAGAAGUCUUUUGGCUAUUUAUUUGUUUCGAAGACUCGUAUAUUUCAUUAAAGAAUAUCUCGCCACUCCUUGACGAGUAGCUGUCAAAUACUGCCAUUUUUUGUCGUCACGUGACCGGCCCAGACCAGGGCUUACUCGUGUCUCGCCUCUUCCUCACACUGAAGACCUGGGAACGAGGUUGCCGAGUCAGUUGACUCGGUAGACCAGAAUUUGGGGACUGAAAUUUAAACAUCGCCAGAAACUAAACCAUGACUGAAAUAAUUUGCUCGUGGAAGAAGGCAUGAAAUGGCAUUUUAGGACGAAAUUCUAGUUUAGUUUUUCCAAGCAAAAAUACUCCAAAGAGACCACCUUAUCUUGCUCUUCAGUGACACUGAGAAGACGAAUGCGUCGAUUUCAAGUACCCCAAUACAUGUAAUACAGUACUGGAGAAUUUGAAGUGUGGUGAAUGAUAAUACUAUACCACGCACAUUUUCAUUACCGCAUAAUCACACCAUGUUGCCGUAUCGGAACUGGAUUACAUUUGGGAGACUGUGAAAUUGGAGUAAUUGUGUCACUGUUUAUAAGGUUAAUUUCCUUUUUUAAAACUCUUCAAAAUGUUUAUAAGGUUAAUUUCUUGUUGGAAAACUCCUCAAAAUGCUGGAAAUAGCUUAUCCGAGCUUCAAAAAAUCCAAAAUUUUAAUCUCUCUAGAGACUCGCACCUUCGGUGGUCGACUCUAGCAGUUCUUGUCUCAGAAUCCUAGUUAGGGUUCGAUCUGCUGCUCUAUGACGUAUACUUAUUAGUUAAACCAUGCAUAUAUAUGCUGGUAGCGGCAGUAAUGCAGACUUGCCGACUGGAACUUCUCUAGGUCCCCCUUCUCUAAAUAUUUCCAUCUAGUUACAAAUCAUUAAAAGAGGCCUGGUACGUUAUACGUACUUUAAGAUCUUGGCUUGGCCCUAAAUCUAAUUCCUGUACAUCUGGCUGUCUUGGCCCUAUAAGUACCUGGGCCAUUCCAAUUAAUGUCCAGACACCUAUGGAUGAACUUUUCUGAAGGGUGAUUCCAAAGUUGUUUCUGAAGGGUUAAGCCUAUCGGCAUCCUUUGAUCUAUGGAAUAUUUCUGAAGGGUAAGGGGAAAAUCCUUUGAUCUAUGGAAUAUUUCUGAGGGGUGUUUUGUGUCGGCACUUUGAUCUUUUUUUCUUGGGGUUCAAAACCUUACUGACUUCAUUCAUAGGGGGAGGGGGUAGAUAUUAAAUGGAAUGCCCCCUGUGCAUCUGGUUGUCAAAGUAUUGACGACCACUCACCAGAUCAUGCUUUUGCUAGCUACUCUGGUUUUAUAAAUGAAUACAAAGCCCAGUCGAAUUGUUUUGUUGUAUUCACGACCCAGCAUUUCGGUACUAUUUCGCCAAAACACACUACUUUAUAGAUCAUCUUAUGUGCAUGCAUUCAGUAACGCAAUGAGAUCCCCAAUAUAGUAAAAUGUAGAUAACAAAUGCAUUGGUACGCCAACUAACAUUUCUACGACAACUAACAUCUGCUAACUUGAAAUUGCCAUAUUUUUACAAACAGUCUCACUGCCAGUCUGAGUACUUGGAUAAUACAUCACACAACUGUUAGGGUGAUUGAAUAUCUGAUUUUGAAAUGGUUCCGUAGAGUGUUGAUGUUUUGUUAAUGAUAUAACUCACAUCUUAGGAGAAUACGAGGUAGAGAAGAUAGUCAGAUGCCAACUAAUUUGGUGUGCAUCCACACCAAGCAAGCAGAAAAAUUUGCCUGAUCACGGACAGAUGGGAAUCGAAACCGCAACCUUUGGGAUACUAAUAUUCAUAUUCACCUGAGUUUUGCAGAGUUUUCAUUUGAUCUCCGCGCACACUGGUUCACACACAAUAACAUUCAAGGGACUGUAUUCUAUCGAUUUAUUUCAUUCGAAAGAUUAUACAACGCGGUUUUAAACUUCCUCGCAUCGCUAGAACUUGAUUACAACUGAAUUUACAUGUUAGCCUCAAUCAAUAAAUUACAAUGGAUCACUAUGACGUAUUUUAAGCAAUACUAUAUUCAUAUAUCUACAUUAAGUAGCAGAAGCAACUUCUGUGCGGAAAACUGGCAGCACGGCGCUGGGAACUUAUAACACCCCACCCACCUCGAUUCAUAAAGGAUUCAUCUAUAAAUCAAGCAUCGCCCUUGUCUUCGCUUUUGAAAUAACAGUUGUAGCUCGUCUCGGACGCUCGUGCUAAUUAUGCAAGGAACCUUCUGACUCAGCUGAAGGGGAUUUUCCUUCCUUCCCUUUCCCACCCGGUCGAGCUCGGAUCUCUAACGGAGUAACGGGUACAGUUUCUGAACCGGUUUUUUCAGGUAAACUGGUCUACCUUUCCCUGCAACUCUUACCUUGGCCCCUUUAACAUCCUUGUCCUUACCUAUAAUUAGCUCUUCUACUUUCGCUAAUUUCCAAUUACCUUGUUUCUCUCCCUCUCCAUACACUGUCACUGACCUGUCACUACAUCUCCCUUUUUCACACUCUUUCUCGCAUUUCCACCCUUACAUUUAUGAAAUUCUCUCAACCCUGUCAGACACUCGCUUUGCCACCUCUUCCAGAAAUGUUGUAAUUUCAACGUUCCACAACUACGUUCCUCUCUAACUACUUCCCUCUGUGGGGUGAAGUUAAUAGCUUUACCAUAGAUUAGGUGUCAAAACAUUCCCUUCACACUCUUCAUACUCAUCUGUUAAUGGUAUAGCAUUUAAUGUACCCUCUAUUUCUUCUAGCACUGUGGUACGUUCAUCUACUGUCAAUUUAGCAUUAUCUCUAAAAAAACCUCCCCACCAAGGCCCUCUUUCUAAAUUAAACCUCCACAUCACUCGUUUGGUUUGCAUUCCGUAUUAACCUUAGGUUGGUUAAACAACCGGCUAACUGUUCUUUCUGCUGCCUUAAUAAUUGGAAACGUCGGCUCGUGAAUGCAAUUUUUUUGCGAGUUACAUUAAUUUCCUUAAAUUGAAGUUUGAUACCAACACUGUCUUAAAUAGGACCAUUCCGGAAGUUUUCCUGGACGCAUGUGCUGUUACCACAAACUUGGCUUAGGAGAUAUUUCUACCCACUAACUGCUACCACCGCCAAGGACAUUGGGUAUGCUCUGAGUAAAUAUACACCAAAGACAUUUAUGUUUCCCGGGCCAAGACAACAUACGAGUUUUGAAGAGUGGUUGCGAGGAUUGGUUCACAACAUCGGACAUUUUAUGGUUGGAGGAACAAUGAUGACAUUAUAUUCCUCAGGUGAGACGAACAAUACUAGCGUACUGGGGUUUGCUUCAACAGUUGUCGCUAAUUUACAGUGAAUAAGACAUUUCGUAGACCGUUAUAAAACAACAGUUUGUGGAAAAAUUUGAAAAUUUCGAAGUGUUUCAGGUUUUUUCCAACCCAUGAAAAUUAUUUCCAAAAAAACGAAAGCAGAAAUGUUGACUGAUAAAUUCAAACAAAACUUGCGUUUCAAUAUGUGCUUGUUGUUCCGGAAACAAUGGUUUGCUGACGGUUUUAUGACGGUCCUGGUUUGCUGACGUGCAAGAAAUGACAGAAAGAAUGUUCAUUAGUGUGCAGUGUGCCAAGUGGUUUAAAUUAGCAAAACAUUCCACUAAUCCACUGUGGGUUGCCGACCAAUUUUCCAAAUUACCCGUUUCAUAGUUAAAUUGCAAUUAAUUGUAUACAAUAUACGAUUUUGUAAAUUACUAACUACAACUUUAAUUACAUUUUUAAACAAACGGCCGAAGUGGUAUUGACUUCAACUUAUAUACAGACCUUCAUGGGUAAAGCAUAUUAUAUAAAAAUUGUUAUUUAGUUUACUAACUUCACUACCAGCCAUGGGCGGACAGACAGCUUCCUGGAUCUUGGUCAGAAAAAAUAUUGGGGCCAUAUAUGAAUGUAUAAAUAUAUUUAUUAUACACUUACGUGCGCUUAACCAAUCAGUAAUCAUUGAGAGGGUCAUGUGCCGAUCGAAUAUUUUACGAUAUUGGACAGGAACCUAUUGGACAGUUGCGAAUCGUGGCUUUUCUCACGGUUUUUUAACCCUUUUCAGAUGUUAUGUCAAUUUCAAUCAUACGACAAUGCAAGCGAUAUAGCAGAAUCUUGAAUAAAAAAAUUUGGGACACUAAUACAGUUUUUUCUACCAGUUUUGUUUAAAAUUAUAAAAGCGCGGGAAAUUUGUCUUCGCGAAAUUCGUUUGUUUGCAACAGCCUCGACGUUACUACUAUUAUUCUUUUCAUUAAAAUUAGGUCAAAUUUUCUUUAAACAUACAUGGAAUUGAGUUUAUUUAUGCACACAUAUAUUUGAAAAAAACAUGUUUAUUAACUUUUUGUUUAGUUAUUCAAGAAAUUCGCCGCCGAUAUAUGUAGCAAUGUUGUCGCUGUAUUAUUCUCGCUGUAUUACUUUAUCGCUUAUUGUCCAUUGACAAUUUUUGUUAUAGAACUGUUUUGUUCGAGAUAAUAAAACUCUUAUUGGAUUCAUCUUCGCCCAAUAUGGCAAAAUAUUAAGUCGCGACUUCAAUAUUAGGCUCGACCUUCGGUUUCGCCCAAUAUUGAAGUCUCGACUUAAUAUUUUGCCAUAUUGGGCGAAGAUGAAUACAAUAAGAUAUAUUGAUUUAAGAUUUCCCUGCAUUAGCAAGGAUUUCAACUCACUCUAGUUUCGAAAACGAUCUUUCGUGCGAGCAUUGCAUGUCAUUACUGAAAGAAAAAUUCGUACGUCACCGAUUCGAUAUGUUCGCGACGAUUUCUUUUGCAAACAAAUUGGCGGCCGGACUAGCUUGCACUCGUGUUCCAGGGGUCAUAGCUUAGAACCCAGGUGAAUUUUCAGCAAAAGGAAAUCAUAUGAAUCUCUCCGCCACCUUCCACUAAUUGUCCACCCCCUCGAUCCGUUAAUUGUCCGAUUGCUUCACCGCGCCCAGUCCGCUUCUGGUUUCGUUUUAUGUUGUCAUGUUAUCGCAAUUUUAGGUGUUACGAUAUUCCUGAAACCGUUAAAUUUGAUUUCGUAACAUGCGAAUCUGAUAUCGUGUAACUCGGGCCUAAGUUGUCAAAAAUCAGAAAAAAAAUGUAGGUCAGUCAUGGUGAGACCAUCGUCAGUUAGGAAUAAUGUAUCUCGUCUCCUCACAUCACAGGUAUCCCAGAAUUUUGCCUUCACCAUGGAUUUAUCGACAAGAUUUGGAGUGACUGGCAGCAGAGAAGUGAACUACAUAAGAAUGCUCAUUUUGGUAGUAUUUCAACACCCAUGGCUGCCACAAUAUAUUCACCAAAAGAUGUCAAUGACCUUCAAAAUCAACCAGGUAUCUUUUGUGAACAUAAGAUUUCUUUACAGUUAUUAACAAUCAUGAAAUAGAAAACAUUUUCCGUGCCGUUUAUAUAGAGUUAUAGAAACACAUGCACGUGGAAGUUUGGGACAAACGAGAUAUUGCGUGGGAACACGAGCACAUAAGUGCGAGUACUUGCACGCAAUUUCGAGUCUCUUCCAAAUUUCACGGGUGUUUCUAUAACUCAAUAGAAACAUGGAAAAAAUGUUUUCUAUUUCCUUUAUUAAAAAGCCUCUUCAAAACAAUAAAAAAGAUAAAUUUGUUGAUUUUAAUUCGAAUAAAUUUAUUAAUUCUAAUUUAUAUACGUUUGUGUAAAGAAUAAUUAAAGCAUAGCCAUGCAAGAAAACAAGUAUACCGUUGUAAAAACGACAGGCUUUACUAAACUAUUCUAAACUAUAUGGUUUGCUCAACAAAAUAAUAUAGUUAGUAAGCAAGCAAGAUAUUGCAAAACCAUAAUAUUUUUCUCUUUUUCCCAGUGUAAAUGAUGAGCAAACACUUUUUCAAAAACAUUAGUAACAUUAGUCUUACCUUGGUAAACAUGGCCAUGUCGAGCAAGCUGUAUAGGUCGUCUUCGCUAAGUUGGCAAAGAAACAGCCUUUCUUUUGACGGUUUUUCGCCGUCUUCGGACAUUUUCAACUUUUUUCAAUAUUAAAUAUUGUUUGUAUUUCAAAAAUCCCGCGCAAUCCACUAUCUACCGAGUUAUAGAAACAAGGAUUUCUUGAGCUUUCGACAAAUCAGCGCUGGUGUUUUUAAAAGGCUAUUUUAUAAAAAUUAAUAAUUCGUGAAGAAAAGCAGAAAUUAUGGGCGUGAAAUAGCUUGCAUAUCUGAUACGAAUUCCGACCGGUUUAAAAAGCUUUUCCUCGCCAUUGUUCGUUUGUAUAUCACAGUUCUGUCGAUAUAGAAACGAAAAAAGAACUCGACUAAUAUCCUACGAUCCGGACAGAACAAGCUCAGUCAAUUUAUUACAUCAAUAGGUGGUGUAAGGGUAUGUUAUAUCAACCCAAGUGGUCUUAAAGGUAUUGUGAUACAUCUCACCAGAUCGUUGAGUGCUGAUAAAUUACGGGUAAGAUAUUACAAAAGUAUGUACUGUACAAAUCUGAUCAACGACAGGGUGUCUCAAAAAAGUGAACUUAGAAAUCACUCUUGUUGUAAACACCCAUGCUCCAUUACCUAUGCGAGUUUAGAAUAUAUUGUAAUAUCGCUUUGUGAAAUCCUCAGUUCUGGCUGUAUCUCUAUAAAAUCACAAGGACGUCAAUGUUAAAUCGUUGCAUGGGCUAUAUCUUUGGGAUGAGAAAUAAUUCCUUAAAUGCGCUUAAAAUGUUUUAUACACGAUUAAAAUGUUUUUGUAAAACGAUAAUCUUAUGGAAUGGGUCAGCAUUUACAUUCCCGACACAGUUUCUGAGAUGUAAUUCGAGAGGUAACUUAUCAUUGCAUUUCGAGCUUUUCUGACAAGAAGGAAACAAUGUGUCCGCAUUGCGAUAAAAUGUCUUCGUUUAAGUGUCUUAAUGGAAGUAUACCUCAAGGUACCAAAUUAGGCAACGUUGGUUAAAAAACGAGAAGAGAUCUGAAAAAAGUUUGCUAAAGACAAUAAAUAAUUUGGUCCACUUAAAUUAAAAAACUCUUCAAUUAUAACCAUGAUAAAUAAUGCAUAACUUACGACAUCUAAGCGAAUCUAAUGGUUCCAAUUCCAUAAAUACUGAUAAAUUUUUGAAUUUUAUAACUUGUUAAUAUUGAUAUCUUCUAACAUGUAAAAAUAUGUAACUUAGUUUUUUAAAGAUAUUGUUAUUCUUGAUAAUUUAAAUAUUAAAUUGUAAUUCAGCAUUUGCUGCAGUAAGUUUUUGAAUAAACCUAUAUUAUUAUUUUAAACUAUUAUAUCAGUUGCUUGUGAUGUUAUUCUGCAUGGGUGUAUAUCUAUACCGGGCAAGCUUGAAAAAUAUGCCUGGCCACGGUGGGAAUCGAACCUACGACCUUUGGAAUGAAUUACACCAACACAGAAAAAAUUCUUUAGUAUAUCAGUUGGUGUUAUCCUGUGCGGUAAGCGAAUAUUAUUGGAAGGAGGGCUGCCAUAUACGUUGAAAUCACCAAAUAUAAAACAGCCUACACACACAUUUCUCCACUUCGUCGUAAAUUUACCGCAGAGCAGAUUUUAUACCUUGGCACUGACUUUUGUCUUUGAUGUGAACAUUUAUUCUUCUAGUUUAAGGUUAUUUAAGAUUGAUCCUGCCGUAAAUCUUCUAGCCGCAGCCAAUCGACAAUAUUUCAUUUUAGUGUUGUCUUUGCCAUUACGUUGACUUCGCAUUACUGUUGUUUUAAACACUUGAUCGCGUUAAAAUAGUUAUUUUUCAGUCCAGUGACAUCGCCAAAAGACUUAGCAUUAACUUCCUUGUGAUUUUACAGAGAUAUCGCUAGAACUGAGGGUUUUAGAAAGCGUUAUCUGUACCUUCUCAAAGUUGUAGACAAGAUGUGUUGUUCACGUCCAAAACGCAAAAGAUUACAUAACUCAAAAUGAUUCGAGCACAACGGUCUUUUGUUAAAAGAAAAACUGGUUAACAGAAAUUGGUCGUUUUAAGUGAUAUAAUCGUGAGUCGUCAUCAAUCCGUGUUGUUGAAAAUGAAAAAAUUUGCUGUGAAAUUAGCGAAGAUAAAAUAGCAGUUUGUGAGAAAACUGCGGGUCGGAUUUGAGCUCAGUGUGCUUGAACGUGUUAAUUUAGUUCGCUAAAGAAUGGUUAACGCAAAGUGUAACUGAAGUGUAAAACGCGUUUGAAUACGAUUUCCUGAUCGGAAUCCACCUAACAUAAAGACUUUCUGAAAGACGUUCGUAAAUACCACAACACAGCAAGAAGCUUAAACCGCAACAAGGGAGUUGCGAUUUUAUUUUAAUUUAAACAGACAAAACAAUAUGUUUAAUUCUCGAGCAAAGAAACAACGUGUGCGAUCAACAACAAAUGUAAUAUUAAUUAAAACCCGAUGUACAGCGGUUACGCAAUUACACACAAAAAUACUUCGUUACUGACACUACCACACACUCCACUCCAUUCUACUCUUCUCUAUUGUUUUCCAUUCUAUUAUUUCAAAACUCUGGUCAACAUCUUCAAAUGAAAUCGGAGCUGAGGCAGUUGAUUAAGACACUAUCAACAACUUAUUUAGCUGGUGAAUGGUGCCACAACCUGAUAUUCAAAUUUUUGGGACCUAUUCCAAAAUUCUUUACUUAACUAAUUACCAUUCUGAUUUUCCAUUCAAUUGCACUAAAUCCUAUUCCAUUCAAUUUAUUCCAUUAUAUUCUAUUCGAUUUUCUCGUAUUCCGUUGCAUGUCAUUUUAAAGCAUUGUAUUCUCUUCUUUCAAUACAAUUCAUUUCAAAUCCAAAAUAUUUUGUUCAGUCUAUUCCUGCAGUAACAGCGGCAUCACCACCUCGUCAGGUCUGGGAAUUGUUCAAAACACCAUCCGAAGAACGUGAACGUGUGAAGCUGAGCAAGAAAGAAAACGAGCCAAGUAGAAGUGCUACCACUUUAAUGUUAAAGGAUCAACAACAAUGUCUAUAUACAGAUGGCAAG